UUAGUAAAGCGAGGGGGAGAGCAAAGCCAGUAGUAGCGUUUUGUCAACAAUAGCUGCCCGACUUGGGCUCACCGAGGGGAAACGGUGACGGGAAUCAAGUGAUCCGGUUCAUCCGCCUCGCCCGCCCCCUCAUCGAUCGGAGAAGAGCAUGAACCUGUGGGCCGACGACAACGCCUCCUUGAUGGAGGCCUUCAUGGGCACCACCGACCUCCAGGGCUUCCCCUGGGCGACCGCUACCGCUCCUCCUACGCCCACCCCGCCCGCCGCUGCCGCCUUGGGUCCGGCGACCGCCCUCGCCUCGGCAGCACCGGCGUACUUCAGCCAGGAGACCCUCCAGCAGCGGCUGCAGGCGCUGAUCGAGGGGGCCCGGGAAAGCUGGACGUACGGCAUCUUCUGGCAGACGUCGGUGGACGGCGCUACCGGCGCGUACUUCCUUGGCUGGGGCGACGGGUACUACAAGGGGUGCGAGGAGGACAAGCGAAAGCAGCGGGUCGCCAACGCCGUCUCUGCCGUCGAGCAGGAGCACCGGAGGCGCGUCCUCCGCGAGCUCCACUCUCUUAUCUCCGGGGGCGGUUCCUCGGCGCCCGACGAGACCGUCGACGAGGAGGUCACAGACACCGAGUGGUUCUUCCUCGUCUCCAUGACCCAAUCGUUCGUCAACGGGGGCGGGUUCCCUGGCCAGGCACUCUUCGCCGGAGCUCCCGUCUGGGUCGCCGGCGCCGACCGCCUCGCCUCGGCGCCCUGCGAGCGGGCGCGCCAGGCACAGCUGUUCGGCCUCCAGACCAUGGUCUGCGUCCCCGUCGGCUCCGGCGUGCUCGAGCUCGGUUCCACCGACGUUGUCUCCCACAGCCACGAGAUAAUGGGCAAGAUCCGCGUCCUCUUCCUCUUCAGCUCCCCAGAUCUGCCGUCCUCCUCCACGGCCGCCGCCGUAUCCUGGAUCACGCCGCAACCUGCGGCGGCGACUCCCGCCACCGAUCAAGGCGAGACAGAUCCUUCCGUUCUCUGGCUCACAGAUCCGUCCGCGGUGGAGAUCAAGGACUCGGUUUCGCCCGUCACGACCGCCGCCGACAUCUCCGUCACAAAACCCCGGACCCAAUGCGAGAACAACCCUAGCUCCAGGAUCCUCACGGAAAACCCUAGCUCUUCGCGCCGAAUCCAGAAACCCCACCACCACCACCACCAACAGCAGCAUCAGGGCAGCGGCAGUAACCCGCAAAAUCAAACUUUUUACUCCAAAUUAGCUUCCAAUGGCCCCGUUCCUCCCCAGUCGACCGAACCGUGUAGCAAGAGGAAUCCAUCGCCGGCCCCUGUAACUGGCGGCCUCUUUUCAGACCACCAAGUCGCCACCGCCGUGGCAGAAGACAUGAAGAAUAAGGGUUGCACGGGGGCGACAUCCAGGGUGAGCAACCAGGAAGCGGGGAUGCUAUGCUUCUCCUCUGCUCCUGCACGAGCCCCCUCCAAUGGUCAGAUGAAAUCUUCCGGCGGCGGCGUAGGCGGCAUCCUCGAUGGCCCGGAUUCCGAUCAGUCGGACCUGGAGGCCUCGGCGCGAGAGGUGGAGAGCAACCGGGUGGUGGAGCCAGAGAAACGUCCGAGGAAACGCGGCCGGAAGCCUGCCAAUGGCCGCGAGGAGCCUCUGAACCACGUGGAAGCCGAGCGGCAGCGCCGCGAGAAACUCAACCAACGCUUCUACGCUCUCCGUGCGGUCGUCCCCAACGUGUCCAAGAUGGACAAAGCCUCCCUCCUCGGCGAUGCGGUCUCAUACAUCAACGAACUGCGAUCCAACCUCCAGACUCUGGAAGCGGACAAGGAGGAGUUGCGAGAUCGAGUGGAAGCCCUGGAGAAGAAGCUCCCGGUCCAGCCACCACCGGACCAUAAUCUUAGAACGACGACGAACGGGCGGUGUCACGGGGUGGAGAUGGAAGUGAAGAUACUGGGGUCGGAGGCCAUGAUCAGAUUGCAGUGCCAGAAAAGGAAUCACCCGGCCGCGAGUCUGAUGGCUGCGCUGAAAGACCUGGAUCUUGAACUGCAUUAUGCGAGCGUGUCGGUGGUGAAGGACCUCAUGAUCCAGCAGGUGACGGUGAAGAUGUCGCCGGGCCGGGUGAUGACGCAGGAGCAGCUCUGUGCUUCUCUAUACUCGAGAGUGGCUGCGGAGGCACCAAUUAGUAGUAGCAGUAGGUAGUCACACUGCGUCUGUGGUAGCAGUAACUUUUGAGAUGGCGGCGGGAGAAAUUUUUAGAUCAUGCUGAAUUCUGGGUUAUAUUCGGUAGGUACGUGCUUGGAAUUGCAGUGUGGCUUUCUCAGCAGAGCGGCGGAGGGAGCUGCUGCCGCCAGAGUAUGCUAUGUUUCGGUGGCUUCUAAUGUUUUGGUGGUAAUGUCCUUCUACAUGUAUAUAUAUAUAUUUAUAAGUUGCAUGUGUAGUGCAAA